AUGCAAUCGGGAAAAAAUGAGUCAUCAGGGAAAGGUCUACAAAGUCCUGCCGAUUUCAAAACUUUGAAAAGAUUGCAGAGUCAAGCAAGAAAGGAUGAUGAGUUGUUAGCUAGCUACGAAGGGCAGGUCAAUGGCAUAUUCAGUAUUGCUGCUGUGUUGCAAGACGGAAACGACAACUCGAAAUCAAAGGCUCACGAACUUUACAACUCUUUACAAAACGACAUACCUAAGCCUUCGCUUGAUACCAUUACAGCAUUGGCGAUUCAAUUGAGCAAACUAAGGACUCUAGAUGCGAAGUUACGAGUUGACUCAAUUAAUUUUGCAAUAAAGCAAUCUCAAAAGAAGGUGGAUGGGUUAAAGAGCCAAAAUCAAGAAGUCGAGUCUCAAACUGACUCAAUUCGAUUGAAGUUGUUGCAUGAGGAAACGGAACUAAUAAAAUCAUAUUCAAACAAGUCAGAUCAUCUUACAAAGGCUAUUGAUGAAUUCCAAGUGACCAAAAUUGCACAAGUUGAACGUCAAGCAAAAAAGAUUCAGUUGCAGCAAUUCAAGGUGUUGGUGGGCAUUGCAUUGCAAAGAAAGGAUAAUAAACGCUUGUACCUCCAUCACCAGCCAAUUUUGAAUCUAGAUGAGUUUCUUGGAUACAACCUUUCAGCAAUCAAUCAGUUUCUUGAGAGGCUCAUUGUCCUACAGAAUCAAUUUGCACAUAUAUUCAACAUCCAACUACCACAUUCACGAGCUUUAACAAAAUACUUACCUGACACCAAAUUUUUUGAUCUUUUGAAAAGAAAAGAGGUGAUGAUUACAGGACAAAAAGAGUCCAUUGCAGAUGACGAUGAUGAUGAUGAUGAUGAAAGAGAGCAAAGAGACACUACUCCCAUGGGCAUUGAUAACGUUUCCGAAAAAGUGAUCAAGUUGGGGGAUGCAUAUCAGCUCCCAUUAUCUUCCAAAACGCUAAAUUUUCAACGACGUGCUGCACGAUUGUCGUCGUCGCCAGUUGAGCCGGUUGAGCUCAAUAGUAUACCCAUUAUUCGACAAAAUAGCACAAGCUCAUCAGCGGUUAGAAAGAUUACCAUCCCCCACAGGAUCAUUAAUAAGCCAUUCAACAAGCUCUCGAUAAAGGAUUUCCUAGAGUUUUUGAUUGUGAUUGUGAGAAUAAUUGCCAAUUUUCAAGUGUUGUUGAAUAUUUUGGCUAUUGACACCUCGGUGUUCACUAUUGCAGAUUGGUGUGAUUUUGAGAAAAUUUUGGGCAAACUUGCUAAUGCGGAUGAUUCAGCUGAUACUAUUGAGUUACCCUCUAUCUGUACCCCGGUAGCCGUUAAUUCAAAGGGGACUAGUGCAAACACUCGUGAUUUAUUACAGCAAGUAUACAAAGCAAUAGUGAGAUCAGCUUUUGCUCAAAAGCAUCACAACAAGGCACUUGCUUUUCAGAAUCUCAACUUCAACAACUUGUUUAUGAAUGAGUCCAGAAGCAAUUACGGUGAUGAUGAAUGGGAUUUAAUUAGUGAGAUAUUGUAG